UCCACCAUCGAACUGAACACAACGGCUUACGAGAGCCACUAAACAAGUACGUGUAAUCCAAACCUCUUCUUCGACACCAAAAGCUAGCUUCCCUCCCCAAAUGGCCACGUUUCCACCGGGUUUCACCACUAAAACAGCUUCUUCACCUCUGACCUGAGCUCUAAAACACAAAAAAGGCAAAAUCAGACUGACUUUUAAACAUACCAAUGACGUAUUUUGCUCCAAGUAGUCAUCCUUCUCUCUGCUCGUCGCCACCAUUGCCCAGAACCAAGCGAACCCCAGCUCUGGUUUGCCAAAGCAUCCAUUUUUCAUUCAAGAACCAACCGUUUCUGAGCACUUCAAACUGUUUUCCAACUAGCCAUUUGCUGAAACCAUCUAUUUUGAUUGUAAAAGCAUCGGAAACUGAGUCCCCGACAUCGAAAGCGGGGAGUGGAAGUGAUGGGAGAGAUGGAGAUGAGGAACAGUAUGAAGAGUAUGAGGUGGAGCUGGUGCAGCCAUAUGGCCUGAAAUUCACCAAGGGCAGAGAUGGUGGCACUUACAUAGAUGCGAUUGCGUCGGGUGGAUCGGCUGACCAGUCUGAAAUGUUCGCUGUUGGGGAUAAAGUACUUGCCACCAGUGCAGUGUUCGGGACAGAAAUAUGGCCUGCUGCUGAAUAUGGAAGGACAAUGUAUACCAUUCGCCAAAGAGUGGGCCCAUUGCUCAUGAGAAUGCAGAAGAGAUAUGGGAAGCUCGAGGAUGUUGGUGAACUAACAGAAAAGGAGAUUAUUCGAGCUGAGAGGAACUCGGGCGUGAUUAGUAAUAGAGUGAGGGAAAUUCAAUUGCAAAAUGCCCUCAGAAAAAGGGAACAGAAAGAGCGCAGGGCAAAGGACCUUCGAGAAGGACUGCAACUUUACAAGAAUGCUAAAUAUGAGGAAGCAUUAGAGAAGUUUGAGUCGGUAUUGGGGUCAAAGCCAGAUCCAGACGAAGCUUCAGUAGCAAGUUACAAUGUGGCAUGUUGUUAUUCUAAACUUAAUCAGUUACUAGCUGGACUCUCCGCUCUGGAAGAUGCCUUGCAAGCAGGAUUUGAAGACUUCAAGAGAAUCCGAACAGAUCCUGACCUGGCCAAAAUAAGAACAUCCCAGGAAUUUGAGACUCUUUUGAAAAGGUUCGACGAGUCAUUUAUCAAUGAAAAUGCCAUCAAUGCCAUCAAGUCUUUAUUUGGCAUACUCAACAAGAACUAGAGUCUUGAAUUAGCUUCAAAUAUAUGGAGUGCUGAGUUCUCAAUCGUAUGUGAGCUUACCAUAAAGCUAAUGCAGGGGUUGGCAUUGCCAUGUUUCAAAACAGUCAGUUUUUCUUACGUGAAUUUAUUUAUAUCAUCA